AUGAUAAGCAUACUGGAAGGCCUCCUCAUUUUUAUAGCAGUUAGUGAAGCAAUACUGGGAGUUCUAGGGAAUGGAUUUAUUGGACUUGUCAACUGUGUAGACUGUGUGAAGAACAAAAAGUUUUCGAUGAUUGGCUUUAUUCUCACUGGCUUAGCUACUUCUAGAAUUUUUCUGAUAUUGUUAAUAAUUACAGAUGGAUUCAUAAAGCUAUUCUCUCCAGAUAUGUAUUACUCUGGCAAACUAAUUGAUUUUAUUAGUUACUCAUGGAUAAUUAUCAAUCAAUCAAGUAUCUGGUUUGCCACCAGCCUUAGUAUCUUCUAUUUCCUGAAGAUAGCAAAUUUUUCCCACCAUAUUUUUCUCUGGCUGAAGGGUAGGAUCAAUAGGGUUCUUCACCUUCUGAUGGGAUCCUUGUUUAUUUCAUGGUUAUUUACUUUUCCACAAAUUGUGAGGAUUAUUAAUGAUAACAGAAUGAGGAGUGGAAAUACAACCUGGGACUUCAACAUGCCAAAAAGUACGUUCUUUACUAAGCAGAUUUUGGUCAACCUAGGAGUCAUUCUUCUCUUUACACUCUGCCUGGUUACAUGUUUCUUGUUAAUCAUUUCCCUCUGGAGACACAACAGGCGCGUGCAAAUGAAGGUCACUGGACCCCGAGACCCCAGUACAGAAGCACACAUGAAAGCAAUGAAACUUUUAAUAUCUUUUAUCUUCCUCUUCAUCUUGUAUUUUAUAGGCAUUGUCAUAGAGAUAGUAUGUUUCAGUAUGCCAGAAAACAGACUACUGUUUAUUUUUGGCAUGACGACCACAGCCAUCUAUCCCUGCGGUCACUCCCUUAUCCUAAUUCUAGGAAACAGCAAGCUGAAGCGAGUCUCUUUGAGGGCCCUGCAGCAAUGCAAGUGCUGUGAGGCCGGGACACGGCUCACAGCUCACAGACCCGCGUGGGGAGAAAUGGAUGUUCUAAGAGAAUAA